UAUAUUUUAAUAAUAAUGAGGAAAUUGAAUGUACAAGAUAAUAGAGAGUCGGAGAAGAUAUUCACAUCAUCGAUCGAUGUCUUGAAGAACCUAUACAGCUCAAAGAUACGUCCACUGGAAGUUCUAACAAAGUUCGGUGAGUUCCACUCGCCAACAUUGACCGACAGUGAUAUAGAAGCAAAGCCAAUGGUGCUGUUAUUGGGUCAGUACUCAACUGGAAAGUCCAUCACAUCAAAGACUGAUCGAUUCAAUGCUGUUAUGUAUGGAGCUGAUGAUAGAGUCGUACCAGGUAACACCGCCUGUGUCCAAGAAGACAAACCAUUCAAAGGAUUGGAGAGAUUCGGCACAGGCUUCAUGGGCAAGUUCCAAUGUUCAUUGUGCAAUGCCCCAUUGCUAGAGAAGAUAAGCUUCAUUGAUACACCUGGUGUAUUGAGUGGAGAGAAGCAAAGAAUAGGUCGUGCAUAUGACUUCCCAAGCAUUGUAUCAUGGUUCGCAGAUCGUGCAGAUAUGAUCUUGUUGUUGUUUGACGCUCAUAAGUUGGAUAUCAGUGAUGAGUUCAAGUCAGCCAUUGAGCAGCUCAAGGGUCAUGAUGACAAGAUAAAGAUCGUGUUGAACAAGGCAGACAAGGUCAGCAGCCAACAACUACUACGUGUCUAUGGUGCGUUGAUGUGGUCGUUAGGCAAGGUCAUCAAGACUCCCGAGGUGAUGAGAGUCUACCUUGGAUCAUUCUGGAAUGGCUCGCCACUCCAGAAUCCAGACACCGAGAAGCUGCUUCACUCAGAGAUGGUAGACCUUAUCAAGGAGCUAUUGGCACUCCCCAAGAAUGCUGCCAUUCGCAAGGUCAAUGACUUGGUCAAGAGAGCAAGAGCAGCCAAGGUUCAUUCACUUAUUAUGGGUCAUUUGAAGAAUGAGAUGCCAAGUGUCUUUGGAAAGGACUCGAAGCAAUCUGAGCUCAUCAAGGGACUGGACAAGGAGUUCCAGAAGAUUGCUCGCAUUCAUAACAUACCGUUUGGUGACUUCCCUGACCCCGAGAAGUAUAGAGGAAUCCUUAAAGUCCAUGACUUUACAAAGUUCCCCAAGGUCAAUCCCAAGAUGCUCAACAUCUUGGACGAGGUGCUGGCCGUAGACUUCCCAGCACUACUUGAACGCUUCCCAGUGGAUGGCGGACACAAGCCGACUCAAUAUGAGUUGAAUCCAUUCGCAAUAGAUGAGAUGGAGGAAGCAUUGAGAUGGACCAUCUGGGAGAACAUCAACCUUCAAUCCUACUUGCCCAUAUUCUACUCACUCAGUCCAGUCGAAGGCAAGGUCAAUGGUGUAGCAGCCAAGCCACCCCUCCAACAAUCAGGUCUUGCCAAUGAUAUCUUGGCAAAGAUCUGGCGACUAGCUGAUAUUGAUAGGGAUGGUAAAUUGGAUGUUGAUGAGUUCUGUCUGGCAAUGCAUUUGGUCAACACAAAGAUUGAUGGUAUUGAGUUGCCAGAGUCACUUCCAUCUUCAUUGAUCCCUCAUUCGAAGCGUGGAGGAUUCCAAAUGGCCACCGAGAUGAAGUCACUCAAGAAGAGUGGCUCGUUGUCCAACAGGAAGAUGUCAGGAGGCAAGCUCAAG